AAGAAAUCUCAUGUUGCAGAUGGUGUGACCGAAGAAUAUCUGGAGGUACCGAUUACGUAUAAAGCAAAGACCUCCAGCUCCAGGACCGAGGGCUACAUGUUCUGUCAACAUCUUAUUAUAAUCUAUUCAAUCUAUCACAAUGCCAAAGUACGUUCUCACAGGCGCAGACGGUAAUCUCGGCCGCAUCGCAGCAAGCUUCGCCACAGAAAUCGCCAAACCUGACGAUGAACUCAUCUUCACCACAUACAAAGACGAAGCAAUCCCCGCUGACCUCCGCAAAUCAUGGACCGACAAAGGCGCAAAAGUCGUAACAGCCACUUACGACGAUAUUGAAAGUCUCAAAGCGGCUUUUCAGGGGGCUGAAGCCGUGUCUCUCAUCUCAACUUGGCUCUUCGGUGACGGUCGACGUCGUCAGGCCCUAACUGUCGUUGACGCUGCCAAGGCAUGUGGUGUCAAGAGAGUCUGCUAUACUUCGUUCUGUGGAGCUGGUAUAGAGGCUGAGAAUGAGGAGGAUAUUCCUUUCCUCCCCCGAGAUCAUCACUUCAUUGAGAAGAUUAUCUACGCUUCUGGCUUAGAGUACAAUAUCCAGCGUAAUUAUCUUUACACUGAUAAUAUUCCAACUCUCUUUGCACCGUCGUGGAAAUUCUGCGGUGAUCGCUGGCUCGUCAAUACGCACGGCAAAGCAGGCGCAUACGUUGCCCGCGAAGACUGCGGCAACGUCCUAGCCGCCCUGCUCCUAGGCCGCGGCGAACCUAACAAAGUGUACGAGAUCACUGGCCCUAAAGCCGUCACCAACGAGGAGGUUUUCAAGUGGAUGUGCGAGCAAACAGGGUACAGUGGAGAAAUUGUCGACCUUCCUGAUGAAGAGUUGAAGAGAUGGUGGUUAGAACAUGGAUUGCCUACCGACUUCUUUGGUGACUUUUCAAAGUUGCCGAUGAAGUUGUGUAUUGGCGAUCUUUUGUGCUGUGGAGAGAUGGUUGCGAGGGAGUUCAUGGCUGAGACGAAUGAUAAUGUUGAGAAGUUGACGGGAAGGAAGCCAAUUCCGUAUCAGGAGGCUUUGUUGCAGUAUAAGGACUUCUUCCCGAAGCCAUAGAUAGUCAUUUAAAAUGCUUUUUAUUAGAUGUAGAGUAAUGUAAUUUGUCAAUUUAUCUGGUCUUUUGCUCAGAGUGAAUGGGCUGAAUCCUAUCUGACCAAAGCGCAACUUGGACAUAAAAGUGCAUCGCCUUGGUCUAUCUCGUCGGGAUAUGAUAUUGAGGUUAGCAUAAACUUGAACCUUAAUUUGCA